UUCAAGCGAUUCGAGUGUUCGUUGCAGUACUCGCGAUCGCGCCGGUAAAAUUGUUAUUCCCACACACUGUACGCACUGUUCAUGAAACCAUCAAGGAACUUGAACGCUGGAGAUCCUAACGUGAUCCAGUCAUCUGCACGUCCUCCGCAGUAACGUUUCUCGCUGCAAGCACGUUCCUUUCGUCCGACUUCGACGUGUCGCGCUACAUGUGACUCUUGUUCAUCUUGUUCAAAAUCAAUUCUGUUUGAAAUUUGUUUAAACAGCGGAUGAUGCUACCAAUUCAGGACGUAACAAUUGCAAGUACAAGAACAAACUCUACGAAUAAUCUUUGGCUAUAUCUCAGUAUCGAAUUUUUAAUUGCCGCGGCCAUCUCUGGCUUCUUGGCCGUCCUUAAUGUUAUAAAGUCAUUUCUGCCAAAGCCGCCAAGGGAUUUAACCGGCAAUGUAGUUUUGAUCGCUGGUGCCUCGUCGACACUCGGUGAAUCCCUCGUCGAAGAAUUCAUAAAGAGUGGAUGUUCCGUAAUUUGCGUGGAUAAGAACAUCAGAUCCGCGAAGGAGAUAACCGCCAGGUUGAGAUCGCGAUGCCACAUGGAGGGAAUCGGACUUGAGUACAGGAAAAGCCAGCCGGAGAAUGCAGUAGGCUCCAUAAUAGCGGCGUACGAGUGUGAUCUGCUGAACCGUGACGCCAUUCGCGAGAUCGUCAAAAAGGUCGAGGACAAGGUCAACGGCAUCGACAUCCUGGUUACCUGCACCGGCCAGCCUAACCAAGAUAUCUUCAAUACUAUCAAUACGACUCUUAUGAGUCACUAUUGGACAAUGUUGUCAUUCUUGCCAUUCAUGCUACGACGCGAUAAAGCGCACAUUGUCGGAAUUACACCAAUCCUAUCAACCGAGGAUGCAUUUAUGGGCUCAAAAGCGGCAAUUGCAAGUCUUAUGGAAAGUUUGAGUCAAGAAUUGAGUAAUCGUAAUACUCAUCUUACAUUCCUCACGAUUUCACCAACGGCAGAACAGGGUUCGACUGUACAAAACAAGCAACAAAUGGCUAAGGAUAUCGUACAGGCAGUGAGUAGGGACCAGUGCAGUAUCAGUAUUAGUUGGAGCUCAGAAGUGCUCUAUCGAAUAAGUUGCGUGAUAUAUAGUGCAAUAACGAGGUUCACACAGUGGCUUCACACGUAGGGAUGUGAUUCUUUUUAAAUCCUGUUCUUGCUCAUGGAGCGUGAAACAUUCCUGAGGCCACUACCAUGCGUGUGGGAAUUUACAUUUUCUGUUGGCGAAUUAAUUAGAAGUGGAACAAACUAUUAACGGUUGACAGUUUGUAAAAUUAAUAGAUUUAAUUUGAUAUUUUAAUUAAUUAUUUAUACUAUACUAUUGAAUUAGAAAGCAUUAUAAAUUAAUAUUGCACUAAAUAAAGAUUUUUGUAAUUUAUACGAAAAUACAAAAGGCGGCUUCAACCC